AUGCCUCCUCCAUUCUCCUCCUCCCGGGGGAUGACCAAGAACCCCCUCAAGCCUAGCCGCCACCGUGCCGGAAAACCUGUCGCAGAGGAACCCUCCUCAGAAGAGGAAGAAGAAGAGGACGAGGAAGCAGCCAAAGAGGCGCAAAGAGAACAAGAGCGGCGCAGACGAGCCGAGGCACUACGACGGAGACAGCAAGCGCCCAAAGCAAGCUCCUUCCCAGCUGGCGCAUUAGCAGCCCAAAAGGCCGAAGAAGACGAUGACGAGGAAGGUUUCGUUACCGAAGACGAAGAAGACGAGAAACCGGCACCAAAAGCAGCCCAUCCCACGACCGUAGAACCAACUGUAUCCAAGACUGCGGCGGCGCCGGGUGCAGACGCAAGCGACGAGGAGGAAGAAGAGGAAGAGGAAGAGGAAGAAAGCUCAGAAGAAGAGAGCAGUUCCGAAGACGAAGCACCCCGAAUUCUCCUACGACCCACAUUCAUCAAAAAAGACAAGCGCAAUGCAUCUGCAGGCCAGACACAAGCACAAGCCGCCGCCGAUCUAGAAGCCGAAGCCGAAGCCCGCCGGGCUGCCCAGCGAAAAGAAAAAGCCGACUUGCUGAUCCGCGAUCAGCUGGAGAAAGAAGCGAUUGCGCGAUCGAGCGCCAAUCGCGCAUGGGAUGACGACGAGCUUGUCGAAGCCGAGGAUGAAGAAGCCAUUGAUGACACCGAUGGUCUGGACCCGGAAGCUGAGCGCGCGGCUUGGGAACUGCGCGAGCUGAAGCGGGUGCAGCGAGCACGGGAGGCUAUCGAGGCUAGUGAGAAGGAGCUCGAGGAAAUUGAACGUCGUCGGAAUCUUACUGCCGAUGAGCGCGAGCGCGAGGAUCAAGAGUUCAUUGCUAAGCAGAAGGAGGAGCGCGAUGCCACGCGUGGCCAGACUGGGUUUAUGCAGCGGUAUUUCCACAAGGGUGCCUUCUUCCGUGGAGAUCUUGAGGCAGAGGGCCUGGAUCGGCGGGAGCUCAUGGGUGCGCGGUUUGAGGAUGAGGUCAAUCGCGAUACGCUGCCGCAAUAUAUGCAGGUUCGUGAUAUGACUAAGUUGGGUAAGAAGGGCCGUACUCGCUACAGGGAUCUCAAGUCUGAGGAUACUGGGCGGUUUGGUGAUGGGUUGGAUAAUCGGAGGAGAAGAGAUGGUCCGCCGGAGGGUGUUACUGAUGAGAGGUUCAUGCCUGAUCGUCGGGGUGGUGAUGAUGGUGAUCGUGGGCCAACGGGUGCCAAUGCUAGUGUUGUGAGGCCUCGGUACAGGUCGAGGUCGCCCCGGCGGGACCGGCGUGAUGAUCGAGACCAAGGUCGAUAUGAGCGGAGUCGGUCCAGAGAGAGGAGAAAACGGAGCCCAUCGCCAUAUGAUGACCGGGAGAAACGUCGGCGGGUGGAUUCUGAUUCGCGAUGA